AAUAUACUUGGAAACCAGGAUACGUGGAUUUUCUAUAUUUUAUUUCGAGAAUAAACGUUAUACUUUCCGUGGUUUCCGUCUGAUUUCUCGAAUCAUUGUAUCAUAAGACCCAGGGUCUAUGAUAUAUGUUAUCUAGCUAGGAUCGUUGAGACUCAUACUCGGUGAGUUAUACACAGAAGGUCUGAAGAGCUAUUUUCUUCUAUUAAACUAAUUUCACGGGGCGAGAAAUAAGGUUGUGUGUCCUGAUACUACGAGGUAGGGGCUUCGACCGGUGCCUGAUGUUUGCCUGAGGCGUGGUCCAGUGACUAGUCAACCCUAGAAGGCAGCGAUCAAUUUCCCUAUUGGACCGUGCAGGACUAUUGGGCAAGAUGCCAAUAACUCCACUCCUACGGACUCCGAUGGGGAAUUGAGAUUGUUAUUCUGGAGCUCUUCUUCCCGUCUUCGUAAAGAUCCUUAAACCAUCAGACCUUGAUGAUGCAUCCUUCAUGGAAAUUGUUUUUCUCGGGGACUUUCCUGCUCCCAAUAGCGCAGGCAUUCCGAUUCACUCCUUUGCAAUUAGCAUACCCUGAGCUGCGUGGGAAACAACCAUAUUUCACGCCGGACGCGGCAGCAAAACAAGAACAACAAGCAGUGACGGCGGGCUACCCUGCGCACUAUCUCUCAGUACCGGUUGAUCAUUUCCACAAUGACUCGCGCUACGCUCCGCAUAGCGACGACCAUUUCAACCUUCGAUACUGGUUUGAUGCCCAGCACUACCAGAAAGGGGGUCCGGUAUUUGUUAUCGCCGCGGGGGAAACCGACGCGACCGACCGUUUCCCUUUCUUGUCGCAAGGCAUCGUCACCGAGCUGGCUGCGACCUAUCACGGCAUUGGAGUUAUUCUCGAACACCGCUACUACGGCGAAAGCUAUCCGGUAGACAACCUAACAACAGAAAGCAUUCGAUUUCUUUCCACGGACCAGGCGUUGGCCGAUUAUGCGUAUUUUGCCUCGAACGUUGUCUUCCCCGGGCUGGAAGAUGAGGAUCUCACGGCCCAAAAGACUCCUUGGAUUGCGUAUGGCGGGUCGUAUGCGGGCGCCUUCGUGGCCUUCCUUCGCAAGCUCUACCCCGACGUCUACUGGGGUGCUGUCUCGUCAUCGGGCGUUACUGAAGCGAUCAUCGACUUUUGGCAAUACUACGAGCCGAUCCGGCAGUUCGCUCCGUCGGGAUGCAUUUGGGCGACUCAGACAUUCAUCGAUGUUGUCGAUCGCAUCUUGAUCGACCACGCCGAUAACAAAACGCUAGGCCGGGAACUGAAGUCUGCGGUAGGAGUCAAUCCUGACAGGGAUGAUGUCUCAUUCGUUUCUCUCCUCUCAUACGGUCUGGAUGCUUUCCAAUCGCGCAACUGGGAUUCCAACAUCGGUAGCUCUCUCUUCCGAACCUACUGCGACAAAAUCACCAGCUCAGAUCUGCUAUAUCCCGACACCGAGGCCGUGAAACCAACCGUCCAGGAGCUCGUCGAGGUAGCCGGGUACGACGCGUCCAACGCCAGUUUUGUGAACGGCUUCCUCAACCACAUCGGCUUCCUCAAUCGGUCAAUUUCCUCGGCGUCCGACGAUAAAAAUUCCGCCGCAACCCAAACGGGCGACGAAUCGGACUCGCAGUCCGCCAAGCCGCUCCCGAAAAGCGAUGGCACGAGCUGGGAAUACCAAGUGUGCACCGAAUGGGGCUACUUUAUGUCCGGUGCAUCCGUACCAAAGGAUAUCAUGCCUUUGAUCUCCCGUGUCAUAGACAUUCCCGCUGUAUCGGGUUUCUGCAAUACGACAUACGGAAUCACGUCCCCGCCCAACGUCACGAAUAUCAACAAGCACGGCGGCUUCGACUUUUCUUAUCCACGCGUGGCUAUUAUCGAUGGUCUCGCGGACCCGUGGCGCGAUGCGACGCCGCACGCAGAUGGUACGCGAGACAGGGAGUCCACCGAUGAGGAGCCGUUCAUUUUGAUUGAUGUCCCGGCUGAGGACGUGUGGGAUGGAGUCCGGGGUGCUGUGCACCACUGGGAUCAGAAUGGUCUUUCCCAGAAAGAUGAGGAUAAGGGCCAGAAACCUCCGGCGGCGAUUGUUAAGGUUCAGAAAGAAGUGCUGCGGUUUGUUGGUGUGUGGCUAGACCAGUGGGAGCCGCACUCUGGGUCGAACGUGGGAAGUAAAGAUUCUGCGCAUAAAGAAUUUCUGCUAUGAUUUGGUAUAUAGAAUGUCUGCUAUAUGUCUUGAGUUGGAACACCGUUUAUAUACAUGCUACGGGAAUGAAUGAUAUUGAAUCCACCCGCCGCUUUAACUUUCCG